CUCCUCGCUCGCCUCGCCUGGAAGCCUUGCUUCGGUUGAGUUCUUUCCCACCGCAGCUUCCCUCCAGAUAUAAACCCUAUCCCUCUCGUCCUCGCUUGUUGUGAAGCUCGUGAAUCCCGCGCCGGUCUCGUCGUCGGCCUCGAGGAGUAGCAGCCCCUGAUGGCGACCGCCGUGGCGUCGCAGCCGCGACACUUCACCCUCGGCGGCGAGCCGAGGGCAGCCAUCUGCGCAGCCAGCACAUCAAAGAUUUGCACCCUGGACAAAGUAUAUGGAUUCAGGUUCGUAUGCAGAAGUGUUGUUGAUCUAAGGAGUAAAAAAUUCCAUUCUCAAAUUUCUAAGAGAAAGUGCUAUUUAACAAGUUCACCAUCGGAAUUUGAGAAGAUCAUUUUGAGUGCUAGAUGGUUAGAAUUUAGGAGACAGAGGAUAGCCUUUCAGAGAACUAGAAGGCGGGUUCACAGUAUUCCAUUGGCUUCUCAAGAUGAUGGCAGUGGUGUGUCUGUUAAUGGAGUACCACAAGUUGAUCCAGCAAGUCAAAUGAAGGAAAUAAGGGUGAAAUUGGAUAAAGCAUUGCAAAAUGAAGACAUAAGCACUGGCCUUGUCCAAUCAAUACAUGAUGCUGCGAGAUCUAUUGAAUUGGCUUUCCUUGAUCACAGCAAAUCAUCAAUAGACUCUUGGUUCCCAAAGAUGUGGCUUGGUGUUGAUAACAAUGCAUGGAUAAAAGCGCUGUCUUACCAGGCUGCUGUUAGCUCGUUACUGCAAGCAGUUAUCGAUGUUUCGUCAAGGGGGAACGGCAGAGAUAGAGAUAUUAAUGUAUUUGUUCAAAGGAGUUUAUCCCGCCUUCUCAGCUCUCUAGAUGGUGUUAUACAGAAUGAAUUGGCUAAAAGGGAACCUUCACUAUAUCAGUGGUAUUCAUCUAAUCAAAAUCCAUUGGUGGUGAGGACAUUUGUGAACACUUUUGAAAAUGAUCGACGAUUUAAUUCUGCAACAGCAAUAUGCAGCGAAGGCAAGCCAAUGGAUACUAGUGAAAGUGACCUUUCUUUGCUUGUGCUUGGUCUGUUCUGUCUUGCUGCUAUUACGAAGCUAGGAUCAGCAAAAGUUUCUUGUCAGCAGUUUUUCUCCAUGGUCCCUGAUAUUAUUGGCCGAUUCAUGGAUAUGCUUCUUGAAUUCGUUCCUAUAAGUAAAGCGUAUACCUUGACGAAAGAUAUUGGUCUUCAGAGAGAAUUCUUGUGCAAUUUUGGUCCUCGUGCUGCUGUUCCUAAGUUUGCUAAUGAUCAUGGACUUGAGAUAUCAUUUUGGAUUGAUCUGGUUCAGAAACAAUUACUAAGGGCUCUUGAUCGUGAAAAGAUAUGGUCAAGACUGACUACAAGUGAAACUAUUGAGGUUUUGGAAAAGGACCUAGCGGUAUUUGGUUUUUUCAUUGCUUUAGGCAGAAGUACACAAGUAUACCUGUCUUCCAAAAGUCAUACAGACUCAAAUGAUUCUAUCAAUAGUAUUGUAAGGUACCUUAUUGGUGGGAGCGUCCUAUAUUAUCCACAGUUGUCCUCGAUUAGUUCUUAUCAGUUGUAUGUGGAGGUUGUUUGUGAAGAGCUUGAGUGGCUUCCAUUUUACUAUGAAGAUGUGCCAACGCCAAUAGUUGAUACUGAAGGCAGAGAAGAAAUGCCUAAAAGAGAACUGAUAUCAAGGGUGCUAAAUGUCUGCACUUAUUGGUUGACUAGUUUUAUAAAGUAUAGCUCAUGGCUUGAGAACCCCUUAAAUGUAAAGGCAGCACGAUUCCUAUCUAAGGGGCAUGCCAUGUUGAGCGACUGCAUGACUGAGCUUGACAUAGCAAAAAAUAAUAUGCCUAAAGACCGAAGUUUUCAAGAAACUGGAGUAUUGGUUGAUGCGCCUGAGCUAGCUUCCAUUGACAAGUCACUUGAAAGUGUUGAGGAAGCUUUGGUUAAGUUAGAAAAUUUGCUUCAAGAAUUGCAUCUUUCCAGUUCCAACUCUGGUAAGGAGGAUCUAAAGGCUGCAUGUUCCGAUCUGGAAAUGAUCAGAAGACUGAAGAAGGAAGCAGAAUUUCUUGAGGCUUCCUUUCGAGCAAAAGCAGAAUAUCUGGAGGCUGAUACUAUUAGCAGAGUGUUACCUCCUGCUGGCGAGGGAGAACACGGAAAGACGGGCAGCAUGGUUAAUGAGGUUUUAACACCACAAAAACCAGUAAAUAGGAUGGAGAACAAUCGUCGUCCAUUUUGGGACAUUUUUGGUACGACUGCUGGAAGGAAAAUUGUGCCAGCACAACAAGCUGUGGAUCAGGAUGCUUCUGCUGCCAAGGUGGAUCAAAUAGACAUGGAGUCAAAUGACAUCCGCCGCUUCGAACAGUUGAGACGUGAGUUGAUUGAGUUAGAAAGGAGAGUGCAGAAGAGUACAGAUGGUGCUAAAAAAGAGGAGUUCCAGGAAACGGAGGUUCCAGAUGAAACAAUGAGCCCUUCUGAGUCAGCACCCCCUCUGUCAGGGCCUUCUGGUUCAGUAAUCAAGAAAGAAAAUGUUAUUACAAAAUCGGUAGAGAAAGUUAAGGAGAGUACAACGAUUGUGUUGCAAGGGACACAGCUCUUAGCAAUUGAUACAGGAGCUGCUAUGGGUUUACUGAAAAGAUCUCUUAUUGGGGAGGAACUAACUCAGAAGGAGAAGCAGGCUCUUCAGAGAACCCUGACAGAUUUGGCAUCUGUCGUUCCAAUAGGAAUACUCAUGCUUCUACCAGUUACUGCUGUUGGGCAUGCUGCUAUUUUGGCUUUCAUCCAGAGAUAUGUGCCUUCCAUGAUCCCAUCCACAUAUGGCCCCGAGAGGUUAGAUCUCCUCAGGCAGCUUGAGGAAGUGAAGGAAAUGAAAUUGUCUGAAGGCAGCAGUGAAGAUAUUUCUGACGCAAUAGGUUUCAGAGGUGACCAAGUGAAAUAAGCUGACCAUGUACAGACGGACACAAGUAUAUUUCUGAUUGUCUUUUCUGUAAAGAUGUUUUUGAACAAGAGGCGGGAGGGUUCGUUUCCUUAUACUCUACUCCUAGAAGACCUCUCAGUGCAUGCUGAUGGGAGUACAGCUACACAUGUUACAACCAUACGAUGCAUGGGCAUAGUUGAGGGGCUAUUCUUCCUAAAAUUAUAUGCCUUGGUAGAUCUUUGUCCAUACUUAACAGUUACAACUUAAAAGAGUAUUUGGUGCCCACUUAGCAUAUACUCCCUCUGUCCCAAAAUUCUUGUCCUAGAUUUGUCUAAAUACGGAUGUAUUUAGUUACGUUUUAGUGUUAGGUAUAUCCAUAUCUAGACAAAUCUAAGACAAAAAUUUUGGGACAGAGGGAGCAUGAUCAACGUCGAAGUUCCUUUUGCAUAAUGGCUUUGUAGAGUAGGCAUUUUGAUAAGUGGAUCGAAUACCUAGCUAGAUAUUUGUGUAUCACAUGUUGUCAUGUAACCCUAUGUAUUUAUAUUUGAGAUAAUUAGCAUACACGAACUUGCCUAGGA